CAUCAAAAUAAAAUUAAAAAAAAUAAGCAAAAUGGUAGCAAGAAAAUCAGAGGUCAAUCGUUUCCUAGCCAAACUAAACGGCUCUCAUCCACUCUUCCACUUGAUCACUCUAUCCCCAAUCUAACCGUCGCCUCAUCGCCUUUUCUCGUCCCCUCCCCCGUCACCGGCGGCCGCCAAGAAACCGUCCACCCAAAAUCAUCCAAACUUUCAAAGGGCCAAAUCACAUCGCACAUCUCAUUAAAUCCACAAACCCACCAAAAGCUAAAACAGAGACAACCCGAACGCCACACACUCACCCACCACUCUCCCUUCUUCCUCCUCCUCCACUAGCAGCCAUGGCGGCUUCGGCUUCUUCUACAUUCUCCCAAUCCCUUCUCUCCCGCGCCAUACCCAAUCACUCCGCCGCCGCCCACAAUUCGGCUCUCCCGCCUCACUCCCUCUCCUUCCUCUCCGCCGUCAAACCUUCCCUCCCUUCCGCCAGAGCCGCCGCAUCCUCACGCCGCCGCUCGACCCGAUCGAGCUCCUCCCCAGCCGUUGUCCGCGCGGCCGCCGUGGAGACUCUGCAGAAGACCGACACCGAGUUGGUGGAGAAAUCGGUGAACACGAUAAGGUUUCUGGCGAUCGAUGCCGUGGAGAAGGCGAAUUCGGGCCACCCGGGUUUGCCCAUGGGUUGCGCCCCGAUGGGUCAUAUAUUGUACGACGAGGUCAUGAGGUAUAACCCCAAGAACCCUUACUGGUUCAACAGGGAUAGGUUUGUUCUGUCGGCUGGACAUGGAUGCAUGUUGCAGUACGCCCUGCUUCACCUUGCGGGCUACGACGCCGUGAGGGAGGAAGAUUUGAAGCAAUUUCGUCAAUGGGGAAGCAAGACCCCUGGCCAUCCAGAGAACUUUGAGACACCUGGAGUUGAAGUCACCACUGGUCCUUUGGGUCAGGGAAUUGCCAAUGCUGUUGGUUUGGCACUUGCUGAGAAGCACUUGGCUGCAAGAUACAACAAACCUGAUGCUGAGAUCGUUGAUCAUUACACGUAUGUGAUCCUUGGAGAUGGAUGUCAAAUGGAAGGAAUCGCGAAUGAGGCAUGUUCCCUUGCCGGUCAUUGGGGACUCGGCAAGCUCAUUGCUUUCUAUGACGACAAUCACAUCUCGAUCGAUGGAGACACAGAGAUUGCGUUCACUGAGAAUGUAGAUGCUCGUUUCGAGGCACUCGGGUGGCAUGUGAUAUGGGUGAAGAAUGGCAACAAUGGGUAUGAUGAGAUCAGAGCUGCCAUUGAGGAGGCCAAGGCUGUCAAGGACAAGCCUACCAUGAUCAAGGUAACUACUACCAUCGGUUUCGGGUCACCAAACAAGGCAAACUCAUACAGUGUCCAUGGAGCUGCAUUAGGUACUAAAGAAGUCGAAGCCACGAGGCAGAACCUCGGCUGGCCCUACGAGCCAUUCCACGUCCCAGAGGAUGUUAAGAAGCAUUGGAGUCGACACACUCCCGAAGGAGCAGCAUUGGAAGCCGAAUGGAAUGCCAAAUUCGCCGAGUACUCAAAGAAGUACCCAGAGGAAGCAGCAGAAUUGAAAUCCAUCACGACCGGUGAAUUCCCCUCCGGUUGGGAAUCAGCACUGCCAACAUACACCCCCGAGAGCGCUGCAGACGCAACACGAAACCUCUCGCAACAAAACCUGAACGCACUCGCCACCGUUCUCCCCGGUUUCCUUGGAGGAAGUGCUGAUCUCGCUUCCUCAAACAUGACGCUGAUGAAAGCCUACGGCGACUUCCAGAAGUCCACUCCCGAGGAACGAAACCUCCGGUUCGGAGUACGUGAACACGGCAUGGGCGCCAUCUGCAACGGGAUCGCGCUCCACAGCCCAGGAUUCGUCCCUUACUGUGCCACAUUCUUCGUCUUCACCGACUACAUGAGAGGAGCCAUGAGAAUCUCAGCAUUGUCGGAAGCAGGAGUGAUCUACGUGAUGACCCACGACUCAAUUGGGCUUGGAGAAGAUGGGCCGACCCAUCAGCCCAUCGAGCACCUGGCCAGCUUCAGGGCAAUGCCGAACAUCUUCAUGUUCCGACCGGCCGACGGGAACGAGACCGCCGGAGCAUACAAGAUCGCAGUGGAGAAUCGAAAGACGCCUUCCAUUCUCGCCCUCUCGAGACAGAAGCUUCCCCAGCUUCCGGGAACAUCGAUCGAGGGAGUCGCCAAGGGCGGUUACGUGAUCUCCGACAAUUCGACGGGGAACAAACCGGAUGUCAUUCUGGCCGGAACAGGUUCGGAGCUGGAGAUUGCUGCCAAGGCCGGUGAUGAGCUGAGGAAGGAAGGGAAGGCGGUUCGUGUCGUGUCGUUGGUGUCAUGGGAAUUGUACGAGAAGCAGAGUGAUGAGUACAAGGAGAGUGUUUUCCCAGCGGGUGUAACGGCCAGGGUCAGCAUUGAGGCUGCAACAACUUUUGGGUGGCAGAAGUUCGUCGGGGACAAGGGGAAAGCCAUUGGUAUCGAUAAGUUCGGUGCGAGUGCUCCGGCGGGGAAGAUCUACAAGGAGUAUGGAUUGACAGUAGAGGCAGUGAUUGAAGCUGCAAAGUCGUUUUUCUGAGCGCCCUCAUGAACCAAUGUACACUUUGGAUGUUGGAGGAAAUGUUCUCCCCUGGUUUCUUGGCACGAAACGUUUCAGACGACCGAAAUGCAAUCAUCAGAAAAGACGGGACUUCUGCGAGGUCAGGGGGAGCCAUUCUUUCGUGGAGAAAUAAAGAACUGGAGAAUUGUUUAGUGAUAGAAAGAGCUCUCUCUGCUUCUUCAGUUUGGACUUGGAUUGGUGGAGUAGGUUUUCUUAUCUUAUGAGUUUGUUGUUGAACAGGAUGAGACUGUAAUCUCUCUGAUUUUGUAGAGCUGUUGAGACUACUGAUCAAUGGUGGGUGUUGUACCACUGUUCCUGAAAUCGUACUGGCAGAUCGAAUCACCGUGAUUGAUCGCUCAAGAUCUAACCCAUGUUCUGUCUGCAUUUUAAGCCGAAAUUCGAUACAAAUCGGACCACAGUGGCCUACUGUAAGUGUUAUGCUCUUGAAUUGGUGAGAUACUUUCCCAAUGGGGGGAGAUGAGAUUGAGAUAUGCUUUCUUUACAUGUCUGGAGACUGGAAGAAGCAAAGCAUAUUCCUGCAUUGAAGCCAUUGAUAGAGAGGACCCAAUCAGGAAGAGGCUUUGAUGGGCCAUUGUCUUUGUCUUUAACGUUAACGCCGAUGCCAUUCUUGAUUCUUCUCCUCUAAAAAGUAGGUCGCAGACAGCAAACACCCUUUGGCCUUUACCUUCAAACUUGAGGAGGCUCUUCUUCUUAUCUUCAACUUUCAUGGAGCCAACUUGCAAAUUUUGCGUCUCCUUUCCCUUUUUUCUCAAUUACAAACCCUGUUAGCAAAAUCCGUUACAUGAGUGUUUGGAAGACCUUAUCUCAGGUUCUUUGUUCACACUCUUUAGUGAUCCAGGUAUGUGAAAUGUUUGCAAUCCUUGUUCGAGCUCUCUGGUGAACCUAUAUCGAAACCUACUCAAAUCAAAAUGUGUUAUGCUCUCUUGAGCCCCGACCUGCCACAUACCCCUCGAGUCUUUCCCGGAAGAGUUGGCUUGGUGCAUCAAACUUGUUGUAGCCAAGGUUUCACCCAUUUCAAGCAAUGCAGUCAAAAUUGUGUUUUUAAAACUUAAAAAUUUACAAUUUUACUAUGCUUUUAAGUCACCAAAAUGCUAGUGAUGACAAUUUUUGACCUGGUUCGCUCGAUCCGACCCGAGCUGAACUAUUUGGGACGGAUAUUACCCGACCUACAAUAGCGUGAGACAGGGCUUGGGUAUUGGUUUCGACCCGUUCCGUCUUGUUCUUGACCCGUUCUUUCAUAAUUUGCAUUAAUAUCUGCAUGUACUGAUCUUCUUUUAACCUCUCUAAAAAUGAUAUCUUCAUCCCACAUAAAUUUUAAGAUUAUAUCUUUCAAUUAUUUAGACUCAAUAAUUCCUUCUACUAUAUUUAUCAUUUAUUUAUAAAGUGUUUUUCUCUGUAUUCGAGUUACAUAUGGACGUUCUUUUUCGAAUAUAAUAUUUAAGAAUAGAUCGACAUGUUCUGUCCCAUACCCACACGGGUAUUUACCCAACCUGAUUAUGAAAGGAUUGUAUAUGACAACUUCAUGGUUGCGAUGUUCUAUAACAGGGUUGUUCUCAGGUUUGAACUCCAUGUAUCAAGUUCAGUCCUCGGCCAUUGGAUCGGAAACAGGGAGGAAGAUGGGUUCACUGCCGACGAGAGAGAGAGAGAGAGGAUCAGAUACAGCUCAAGCUGAGAGAAAGAGAGCAAAGGCAGUCGGUGGUCCUAUCCUAUCCCUGCACGUGAACCCACAACGCAAGAAUCCAUGGGCUGGCAGCUUGCUAUAUUUUUGUAAAUAAAUACUACUGUCUCUAUCUCCAUUUUUUUUCCUUUUAUUUUCUUGUGGUUUCUUUCUUCCAAGUUAUGCUUUCCCGAACCCAGUUCAGAUUCGGCCCAAAUGUCCCUUCUCUCUUCAUUUCCUUGCACGAGAUCACUCGAAUUCCGAGUCCAUACAUCGAUGUUUGUUAAUGUAUAAUCAUAAGUCGACGUGAAUGUAUAUCGAAUGAAUCAGAAUUAAGGCACAAUUUGCCAUAUCACAGGCUUCCUUCAAGCAAGGUAUGCCCCGCAUGUUCGACGCCAAUUCUGCGCUAAAGUGCCAAAAGUUGUUGCGAAGAACGAUUCAGUAUACUCACCAAUUUAAUGCGGUCAAAAUCGCUUUUAAAAAACUUUUAAAACUUUU